AUGUCUUCUUCCGAAGUGACGAAUCUGAAUGCAGCGAAGCGAAAGAAGAAGAAAAAUGCGGUUGAGAAUGACAAUUGCUUUUGUUCCGAUUCAAUAGCAAUCUGUUUUGUCUCAACGCCAUCUAAAGAGGAGCAUCAAAAUCAGAAGCCUAAUCUGACAAGGAUAAAACCCGAACGCAACAAUUCCCACAAGGUGUGCUCUGAUGAUACUGCUACUAUUGUUGAUUUCGUGAAGAAAACUAGAAUUUAUAAUAAGCAUUAUUAUGAUGUUGAUUGUGCCAAGGGAAAGAAGUCUGAAAAUUUUAGUCAAUGUUCUGAAAGCAAUAUUGAGAAGAACAGCAAGAAAAAAGGGAAAAGGUUAAAAAAGGACAAGGCAGAUGAAAAUUUGGGCAUUGAAACUGUAAUAGUUUCGGGCGAUAAAAAUGAGGGAAAUAUAGAGUAUAAGAAAAAACGGAGGAAGAAAUUUAAAGAUAAUAAAACGGAAAACCAAGGCAACGGAAUUAACAACGUGUCAAAUGGUGAUGGCAAUGGGAAUGGCAAGCCUCCAGUUAGUAAGAUUGGAAAGGCUUCCUUAGAUGAUUUCUUUUCCCAAUUUGCAUACACAGGUGACAGUACCGAUAAAAAUGCUGUCAAAAUAGGUGAUUCUCAGCCUUGGUUUAGGGGGAAUGAAGUGAAAGCAAAAGAGGCAAGUGUGGAAGACAAAUUGAAAAUGGAUAAAGAUGAUUCGACCCUCUUGUUUAAGGCCGGUUUAUCUGGACGUCAGGCCACAAUUAUGCCCCACAAUUGUGGUAAAAACCUGAAAAAGGAAAAGAGAAUCAGGACAGAAAAUGCAACAAUUUCAAUUCAGACACCGCAUAAUGGUAAAAGGGGUCAUAAAGGAUCUUACAAAAAUGUUCGAGUUGUAUCCCCUUACUUCAGGACUAAAGAGAUUGGAGAGGAGGCAGAAACAAAUGAUGGGAAGAUUGAAUUGCUGAAAUCACAAGCUAAAAACAUUCUCACUGCUAGGAAGGUUUCUCCAUACUUUCACUAUGUAAAGCAAGAUGAAGACAAUGCAAUUACAAGCUUGUUGGAUGGCGCAACUAAGUCCAAAAAGGUUAAAAAUAGAGUGACAGCCAAAAGUGUUCUAUCUGCUGACGAGAAGUGGGACGAGGCUUAUAAAAGAAGAACUUCAGAUAAUAUGUGGAAGCCUCCAAGAUCGCCUUAUAACCUCCUCCAAGAAGAUCAUGUUUUUGACCCUUGGAGGGUCUUGGUGAUAUGCAUACUUCUUAAUGUGACCACUGGCCGGCAGACUGGGAAAGUUAUAUCAGAGUUUUUCACAUUGUGUCCGAAUGCCAAGAGUGCUACAGAGGUUUCCAAGGAGGACAUAGAAAAGGUGAUACAGAGUUUAGGUUUAUAUAGGAAGAGAGCAGAAGGAAUACAACAUUUCUCUCGUAAGUAUCUGGAAGAAAGCUGGACUCAUGUCACAGAAUUGCCUGGUAUUGGCAAGUAUGCUGCAGAUGCAUAUGCUAUAUUCUGUACUGGGAAGUGGGAUCGUGUGAGACCGUUGGAUCAUAUGCUGACUAAAUAUUGGGAGUUCCUCUGUAGUAAGCUGACUUAA